GACAUGAGAACGCAGAGCAGCACACCUAUGCGCGGCCCGCGCGCGCGCCUGAUCGACGUUGCAUAACAAUCUCCGAGUAUGGGUAUAGUAUUGUGGUGUAUACUCGACAGCUAAACAUUAAACAUGGCAUCUAGUUUUGUCUCUGGGUUCAGAAGUCUCGAAAAGACUGCGCUCUUCCACUGGAAGUUUCUUUCCAGCUUGUCGUCUGGCAAAAGGUUACUGAGUACAGCUUCAAGAUGCACAGGCAAGCUCCAACCUACAGACGAUGAAAUUUACACGAGAACAACCAUCAGUCUCCUCUCAAAAGAAUCUUCAGAUGUUCCUUUUAUCUCAAACUACAGCAUCCAAGGUUUUACCAUCAGUGGAGAUAAGGUCUAUGGGCCAGUAGCCAUCUUGCCCCGCAGUUUGGUGUCAUGGAAUAUUGCUGGAUUGCAUGAUAUUCAUGAAGAUAGUUUGUCUUUGUUUCAUCUGAUAGAACCUAGUAUUGAAAUCUUGGUGAUAGGUACAGGAGAAGCAUAUCACAAGCUAACUCCAGAAUUACACAAAUUCAUGAGGUUAAAAGGAAUAGCACUUGAAGUUCAAGAUACGUCUCAUGCUUGUGCAACAUUCAAUUACCUUGCCAGGGAAAGUAGAGUGGUAGCCGCAGGACUUUUACCUCCAGAAAAGGUGACCCGGUGAUAAAUCUCCAGAACAUUUCUCAGUGAUAUUUAUUGACUUUCUCAAAGUUCAGCAUUGGUCAUUUUGAUGCAACCUACACAAUGGCUUAAGAAGAGGUAGAAAACGUCACCCUGGAACAGACCUGUGUGCUUAUAUAGCCCACUCAUGGAUGUAUCUUCCUGAAGAACCAGAUCAUGUCAUGAUUUAUUGUUAAGUAUACAAUAAAUCCAUUAUCUACUUAAAGCCAUUUCCAGCAAGCUUCAAAGAUACAUAAACCAAUUUUGUAUUGCAGGCAAAUUGGAAAAUGUUGCCUUGAAUUGGAUGGUCAGUUGAGCUAUGCUUUGUCAUCUUUCUGAUCAGUGAAUGUUGUUUAAAUAUGAAUUAUAAAAAGAUUGGACGUUAUUAAUUUCAAAUGUAUUUCAGAUAUUAACUUGGCAUUUGCCCUGUGUGUGAUUUUGAGUUUUAAAUAUACCACAUGAAUUGGGUUGCUAAAUUUGCUGGAGUACUAUUUUUGUUGAUUCUAUUCAUCCCAUAUUUUUAGCAAAAUACAUAUCCUACUCAAGAAUUGAAGCAGGGAUAAAUAAUGCAUUUUGAAAAGUAAAGAUGUUAUAAAUUUUCUGCUUUAGACAAUGGAAGAUUGACUUGUACUGACUCAAUGGUACCAUAUGUAUAAUUUACUGUAGACUUCACAGGAACAAAAUCAUCAUCAGUGCCCUUAGAGUCAGGGAUGAAUUUUACCAUAUUGUUUUGUUUUCUCCUUUAAGGUUAAGUCCACCUCAGAAAAAUGUUGAUUUGAAUCAAUAGAGAAAAAUCAGACAAAUCGGAUGUAAAAUAAGAAAGUUAUGAUAUUUUAGAAAUUUUGCUUAUUUUUCACAAUACAGUUAUAUGCACAAUUUAGUUACAUGCAAAUGAGAAAAUCAAUGAUGUCCCUCACUAUUUCUUUUGUUUUUUAUUGUUUGAAUUAUACAAUAUUUCAAUUUUUACAGAUUUGACAAUAAGGACCAACUUGACUGAACCAUAUAAUGUUAAACAAUGGUAAUUACACAUGUUCCAGGCAAAAUAAAACUUUGUUUCACAGGACAAUGAGGAAAAAAUGUGAAUAUUUCAUAUAAUAAAAUACAAAAGAAAUAAUGAGUGAGUGAUGUCAUCAGUUCCCUCAUUUGCAUACUGACCGGGAUGUGCAUAUGAAACUAUUUUGUGAAAUUAAGCAAAAUUUAAAAAUUUCAUAACUUUCUUAUUUUACAUCCAAUUUUGAUGAAAUUUUCAGUGUUGUGCUUGUUUGAUUUUUCUCUUUUUAUUCAAAUCAACUUUUUGUUGGGCUGGACUUGUCCUUUAAGAUACAGAAUGUUGGUAUAAAAAUAGGGACUCAUAGGCCCAUGACUUCAUUAUUACCAAUUGAUACAGUGUAAAAUAAAAAAUGACAACAGAAGAUAACAACUUUUCCCUGUCAUUUAUCUUAUAGACUCACAAGUCACAACCAUACUGACUUGAGUUUUCAUGGGCUCGUGAACCAGAUCUACACAUAUCUGAAUGAGGUUUCCUCUUAAUUCUUUGAGAAUUGGACUUUGUCAUUGAUUAUAUUAGAUACAUGUAGUAUCAUAAUCCAUUUUGGUUUAGAAUGAUUCAUUUAAAAAAAUUAAUUAUGUACUAUAAGAUAUACAUGGAGAGGGGGAUUUUCAAACAAUAAAAUGAAGAAAAUAAUAUCCAUGUUCCUGCUGUAAUCACAGUAAUAUCAUAAAUUUGAGAGACAGUGGCUCUUCAUAAUAUAUUGUCAUAUUUGUAUUCACGUUUUAUUAAGUAUUUUGGAUAUAGAAUUUUCCAAUAACGUGUUUAAAUUACAUAUUCUUGAUUUGAAAGAAUUAAAGAAAAGAUAUGCAUAUUUCACCCAAACUAUUAAAUCAUGGAUAUGAAACUGAAA